AUGCCGACCAGGUUCGAGGUGCUCCGGGGCAAGAAGCCCAUCUCCUUUCGGCGCCUGAUGGCCCUGAAACGGAUCGGAGACGACGUCUUCGAGUCGACGACCCCGGCCUGGCCACCCGCGCCCCAUCGACGAGCUUUUGGAGGCCAUGUCUACGCCCAGGCCAUGUAUGCGGCCAGCAAGACCGUGGAGAAAGGGCUGGUGGUUCAUCAAAUGACCGGCUACUUCAUCCUUCCUGGCGCCAUCGACAUCCCGUACGUAUACCGCGUGCGCAGGAUCCGGGAUGGCGGCAUGUAUUGCCUGAGAGGGGUCGAUGUCUACCAGCACUCCGAGGACGCUGCACAGGGCACGGCGCCGUGCUUCGUCGCCACCGUCUCGUUCAAGCGCUCCGAAACGGCCGUCACCAAGUGGACCAGCUACGAGUACCAAAACCUGCCCCGCGACCACAUCCAGCGCGAAUACCACCGCGUCCUGGAAGGCCUCCGGCCCGAAGACCACCCUUUGGCACCCGGCGCCGACGCCCUUUGGUGGGAACAGGAGGAGGCCGAGUUCUGGGGCCGCGAUGCCGCCGCCUUCCCCGGCGUCGAGACCCGCAAGGUCGACAUGGCCCGGUACAACGGCAAGGCAGAACCUGGGGGCGGCGGGCGCACGGAUGGUGGCGGCGCCUCGCGUUGGCGCCAGCUGCUCUUCUACCGACUCAUCCAGGACGACGACGACGACCCGGCAGAGGCGUGCGAGCGGGAAGAGGCCGCGCGCGACCUGAACCUCCACGCCGCGGCGCACUUGUAUGCGUCGGACCGGAACUCGCUGUUCCUGAUCCAGCGCGCACUGGGUUACGAGGCCGUGCGCACCACCAUGGCGUCGUUGUCGCACACGGUCGUGUUUCACGGCGUAGCCGACCAUCUGCGCAUGGUGGACGUCGACAACGGCGCUACCGCCACCUCGAAGUGGUUCGUCCAGGAGUCCUGGACCACCAACGGCGGCGACAACCGUGGCUGUCACCACAGCCUCCUCUGGGACCCCGGCGCCGGCCGCGUCGUCGGCACCACCAUCCAGGACGGCAUGUUACGGUUUCCCACUGAGAUCGUCGAGAAGGUCAUCACCACCGCCACCGCCAGAAACAGAACCGGCGGCGACACGGAAAGCUCAUCGUUGCCAUCACAGGUUGUCCGAAAUAAAGCCGGGAGCAAAUUAUAG